AGCUCUGAAGACACAGCACUGAUCUGGGAGCUGCUCAGGGACUGGGGAGGAAGAAAUCAACUAAUUAAAUCAUCAUCAUCAGAGGGUAUUAGUACAAGGUGUGCUGGGAGGACCAGGCUGCCCUGCAGGGAAGAAACUAAGUAACAGUCACAGCAGUUGCAGUGAUGCUUUUUUAAACGAUGAACGAGCCUGUCCUGUGUCACCGGAAUACUGCGGUCAAGAGCAUGUGAUCAAGAGAAAUCCGAAGAGCGGCCCCCCUUUCUUGAGAAGUUGAUAAGUAAUGCUCGGUUCUGCUGACCCCCAGGCUAGGACUCCGCACGCGUUCCCUUUAGUAAAGUCUGGACCCUUCCGUCUGUCUGCGAGGAGUCUGAUCGCUCUGUGACCCGCCGGACGGAGCCAGCGCUUCAUCGUCGGCUGAUAUUGAUUGAGAAACUCAUAAUGAUUGAUCUGAGCUUCCUGACGGAGGCUGAGCAGGAGGCGAUCCUGCAAGUUCUUCAACGAGACGCUGAGCUGAAGAAGGCUGAAGAAGAUCGGAUUCGACAUCUAGAAAAUGUAAUUGAUGAUGAGAAUGAGCUGAAAUAUAAAAGCGGGCAGUGGUUUUAUGAGGCCAAAUCAAAGAGGCACCGAGAUAAAAUCCAUGGAGCCGAUCUGGUCCGAGCAUCCAUCCGGAAGCGGAAAAAGCCGACGACCCUAGCAGAGUUAAGUAAAAGCAGUAAGAACAAAGGAAAGAAGAGCUGGGUGAACAGUGUCAACAAAGACCUUUUUAUCCCUCCAGAGCAACGUGGUGUUAUGGAAGACUCAGAGGAUGAUUUAGAAGAUCUAAGACCAACUAAGGUGGAAACCAAUCAAAGUGCGAAAAAAGUUAGCUUCUUCCCAACGGAUAAAGAGAAGGAUUCAUUAAACAACGGGACCGCAUCGCCAGCAAAGCAAAGGAAAAAUCCAUUUAAUUCAGCAAACUUAGAGGAACCAGAUUUUGAAAAUGAGAACCACAGGCCGAGUCUGGAAAAUGGCACCGGACCAGUCAAAGACCAGCAAAGAACAGACAAUUUGUCAUCAAAAGUAAAAUUUGGUGUGAAAUUACCUUACCCCGAAUUAAACGAAGGCUCACAGACACCGAGCGCCGCUGUCGGCUCACCAAAGAGCGUUGGCCAGGCUCCGUUACCAAAACCAAGAAAACUGUUAAAAAAUGCUCAGAACGGCCAAAGUUUGGACGCCACCGGCACGUCGCUGAAAAGAGGAGACUCUGUCAACAGUACGGGCAAACCAAGAGGGAUUUUGAAACGUUGUUCAAGCUCCAGCUCUACGGACUCUGAAAAUCUAAGAUUAGCGUAUAAUAUCGACAGCAAACUGGCUUUGCCCGUUUCCCCCAUUUCUGAAGUUGGCGGAAAGAGCGCCGUAACGGCACUGGAUUCAUCACCUGAAAGCACAGCGGACAAACUAAAGCAAGUCAGGUUUUCUUCGAAAGUUCUUCAGAAACCGCCUUCUCCGGGUCUGGAGCCCUUCACUGGCCGCGAAAUUGGAGAGUUCAGAAUCCUGGAGCCUAAGUUAUCGCAAGCAGAAGGCCACCGCGCUGUUCAUGAUCAUACUACAUCUUCCCAAAACACCGUUAAUGUUCAGGAUUCGAUGCCUAGCUUGGAUAAUGGCGCUUUAGUGAGCGUGUCUACUCAGAGAAAUAUUUUAGAGGACAUGGAUGCUCGGGUUCCAUCAAAUGCGUCGGUCAAUUCUGAUGUAGAGGAGGCAUUAGAGGACUCCACUUACUCAACUGGAGUAGAAAACCAAACUAAUAUAUUGGAAAAGACUGUCCCCGAACUUAAUCUUGUGUUGCAGACUAAUUCCUCUACUGGUCCAGAGCCUAUUUAUGCUCAAGUGAAGAAGAUGCCAAAGAUCCCAUCAACAGAUACAUCGACAGAGUUUGAUAUGGAAGACUCACAUAUGGCACCAAGAUUCAUUGGCCAGAGAGGGAAGAUUCAAAAUAUUGGUGGAAUGGGACAGCCACUGGAAUUUGGAAAGAGUUAUGGUGGCAGUGGUAAAACAAGGAAUGUAGUUAGCCCUCUGAGCCGCACAUCUCAAGGUCCAUAUACAUUCUUAAAUGAAGAGAACGAAAAGCCAGAAGACUAUAAAGUCAAUCAAGCGGCGUUUAGUGGCAUUCAGGUUGUACAGAUGCCUGAAAUAGAACGGGGCAGUGAUGCAAGUGGAUCCCCGCAUUCUCUUCUAGAAUGGAAACGACCACCAAUGUUGAGAGAUGAAACCUGGAAUCCAUCCUCUGCCACCAUAGGACCAAGGAUCUAUGAGCGUUCCCAAGAGGAAAAUGCUAAAGCUCGCUCAGAUUCCAGUUUUGAUGGCACAAAGUUUGGAACAUCUUACCUAGAGGAUACCCAGCAUUUGGGUGAACCGAGGGGAGAAAAGUAUAUGCCUGUAAAUAGAAGGAUUGUACGUGAAGUUGAAGAGGAUAAGCCACGUAGCUUGGUCACGCUUUCUCCAGAAAGACCUCAAUUAUCAAGAAAUAGUGGUGAUAGAUUAAAUGUAACGUUUCCAAGAGACUAUCAAAGGGAAAUGUCGCCCAAAUCCGCCAACUUUAAAGUCAUGUCUUUGAAAGACAGGAUUCCUGAUGCUUCAGUGGGAGAACGACCUAAUCCAACACAAUUUCAGAACGUAAGAAGCUUCUGGAAUGUGGAAGGAAAAAGUCCACCUUCGCAGGAUAUAGACAGAUCGCCAAGUAAAACUCUUGAUAAUAUGUUAAACAAAAGUAGGCUUGAGAAAAACCUUCAGCCCAGAAGCUCUAGAGAAGAUUCCGUAGAUUACCUUCUACCAAACUCCUACGGUGUCCUCUCUGAAGAAGAGCAGACUUCUCACAAAGUUGCCUCUUGGCUAGCACAAACCCCUGCUAUUUAUGAAAAUGAACAGGCUGAUCCGGCAGAACAAGCUGGCCGUAGUGAGGAAGUUGUGGAAGAAGUCCAAAAGUCUGUGUCAAGACAAAGAGUGAACGAUGAGGAGUUUAGCAAUGCUUUACAAAAGCUCAGAGAAGAGGCAUCUCAAAUUCCUCAAGUUCCUAAAAUGGAAAAGAGUACAUCAAGCGGAGAUGUGAAAGUGUUGCCUGUAGAGGAAUCACAAAUUCCAGGCUUCAAAAUAAAGACAGCCACCAAAAUGGAUUAUAAUUCAGAAAAUAACCCAUUAGGUUUGCCCCCUGUAGAAAUUAUAGAGAAACAAGUUGUCUCCAACAGGAUGGCAAGUGAGGACUUUAAAAUUGGUCUUGAGAAACUUUUGGCAGAACAUGAAUCACUUGGUGAUGACGACAAAAUACAUGAAAAGCCAACAAAAAAAAGUGAAUUAAAUGAAUCAAACCCAACCCAGAAUAUUAUGUUUAAUAAUGAAAUGAAUGACUCCGAUGGAACAGUUGAGAAAACCAGCGUGUCGUCAAGAAAAGGUCAAGAUGAGUUUGCAGCUUCCUUGAAGAAACCAGAUAUUGAAGUAUCUAUGUCACCCAGUGGUAUAGACAACCAUGUUGAUGAAGAAAGUUCUGAAGAAUCUGGAGAAUCAUUUGAUUACCAUCCAGAAGAAGAAGUGGUUGGAACCAAUGAACCAAUGAAAUCUUCCAAAGCAUUUAAGAUUGGUUUUGAGGAAUUUUUGGACUCUGAACGAAGAACGCACGAGGCAGAAGAAGUCAUUGAGAAAACCAUAGUGACCAAAAAUGAUAACCUGGAGUUUGUUUCUGCCUUAAACAAGCUAAAAACUGAAGCGUCGUUACCUGAGGAUAUUCCAAUGGUUGAGCAGAAUAUUGAAUUUGAAAAACAAGGAAAAGAGGUUUCUACAAAAGAAGUCCCAGAAAACAUUGGUAGUGUCGGGAAAAUAUCUUCAAUGGUUUAUGGGAAAGAUGAAAGUGAGAAAACUGUGAAGACACAACACUCAAUGAAUGAGGCAACACCAGUACCUGUUACAGAAGAAGCUGUUGUAAAGGAUGAUGUUCAAACAAACGAAAAUGCAGAUUUUUAUAAACGAUUAUUGCAACUUCAACAAGAAGCUUCUGAUCCUUUGCCACAAGAGCUCGACAAACAAGUUGCAUCAAAAAGCAUUGAACAGAACACCAAAGCUGAGGAGCCCAAAGAUCUGACACCUGAUGAGAACAUCACGGUUUCGUUGUUUCCGAAUAAAGAAGUCUAUAUUACCAAAAAGGUGUAUUCUGACAUUGAUUUAAAGCAAUCUUCUAGUGAAGAAUUUCAAGAUGGAGAGACAACCAAAGAAACUUCAAGUGAUUUGUCCUCUCCGGGAGAAACCAAAUCUGAGCCACCGAACAAGCCUAAGGAAAGAACCCUGCUGGAUAUUUACCUUGCUUCCAAUGCUAGAAGCCGGGCUAAAAGCUCUGGCUCUAGCGCAGAUCAAACUGGCUCAAAAAGGACAAGCUUGGGGAAUGUAAUAUAUAAGAAGCCAGUAACUGAAUCCCCUGAUGUGUCAAAACCCAACUCCGUAGACACUAAGCAAGGUUCAGAAGAUUCUAAUCCCAUAUUGACCGCUUUGAGAAGGAGUGAAGCUAAAGCACUUUCCAAACCUCUAGUGGAAGUUGCCCCCACAAGUCCAAAUCAGAGCCAGACAGAUAUCCCAAAAGAAGAUGUAGAACUUGGUAACCCAGAAGUUCCCACAGAAACCUCGUUCUCGGAAAGCCAGUUUUCAAACCCAGAAAAGCUCAAACGACUGAGCCAGUCUGUCCCGUCAUUCCUUCACGAAGAGACUGAUGGCAGAGACACUGAUUCAGCAUCAGAGAGCAGUUUUAGGAUUGGCAGACACAAGAAGAGUCCCAGCUCUCUAACCAAUCUUAGUGGCUCAUCUGGCAUGGCGUCCUUGUCCUCUGUGAGUGGAAGCGUUAUGAGCAUCUACAGUGGGGAUUUUGGCAGUGUGGACGUGAAAGGCAACAUCCAGUUUGCCGUCGAUUACGUGGAACAGCUGAAGGAGUUCCAUGUCUUCGUCUCCCAGUGCAAGGAUUUGGCCGUGGCUGACGUGAAGAAACAACGCUCUGACCCAUAUGUGAAGAGCUAUUUACUGCCAGACAAAGCAAAAAUGGGCAAAAGAAAAACGGCUGUUAAGAAGAAGACCCUGAAUCCUGCGUACAACGAAAUACUACGGUAUAAAAUAGAAAAGAAUGCGCUUCUCAGUCAAAGAUUGAACCUCUCUGUCUGGCACAACGAUGCCCUCGGCCGCAAUAGUUUUCUGGGUGAAGUUGAUAUUGAUCUGGCAACGUGGGACUGGAAUAACAAACAGAUGAACUGGUAUCCGCUCCAGCCGCGGACGCCUGCAGCUGGAAUUGGAUUGGAAAACCGGGGCGAGAUGAAACUGGCUUUAAAGUAUGUCCCGGCGGCGGUUCUGGGCAGAGGAAAGACUUCCGUUUCUGGCGAGGUGCACAUCUGGAUUAAAGACUGCAGCGAUCUGCCCCUGCUCCGAGGAAACAAAAUAAACUCCUUUGUGAAAUGCACGAUACUCCCAGACACAAGCAGAAAAAGCCGGCAGAAAACACGGACUGUGGACAAAACGCCUAAUCCGCAUUUUAACCAUACGAUGGUUUAUGACGGGUUCAAAGCGGAAGACCUGAGAGAGGCUUGCGUGGAACUCACCGUCUGGGACCAUAACAGAUUGACAAAUCACUUUUUGGGAGGCUUGCGAAUUGGACUUGGAACAGGUAAAAGUUACGGGACUGUCGUGGACUGGAUGGACUCCAGCAUAGAAGAGUCUACAGUGUGGGAAAAAAUGAUGAGUUCUCCAGACACGUGGAUCGAAGCUAUAUUGCCACUUAGGAUGCUAAAAGUAGCCAAACUGGUGAAAUAAACCAGAGCUUUAUGUCCAUGAGCCUUCAACCUCCAUUGCUACUAUAGCGCAAGAUGUUGUUCAUGUGUUCUAUGUAUGUCUUUUUUCUAUACUGCCAGGUGAAACCUGUAGCACGCCAUGACAUUUCUGUGCAGGGUUCUUUAGGCUGUAUAAUCUAUGGAUUAUUUGUCGCUGUACAUUGACCGGUGGUUUGUGACAAUAAUUGCAUUAUCAUGUGGGUUUCCCACACAUUCCAUUACACUUUGCUACAUGUGUUUACAUUUCUUUUUUAAAAAAAAAUAUAUAUGCUUUAUAUCAGGAUUCCUAUUUUAAUACAUUUUCGUUUAGAAACUGCCCAGACAAACAAAGGGAUCUUGGAGGUUUACAAUAAAUGGAAUCGAAACUUAAAUCCUGACCAGAUUUACCUUUUCUGGUAUUUGCUGUCUGCUUGGCCAUUGGCUGUGUUCCGUGUGGGUUCAUAGCCAAUAGCAGUCCUUGCAGUUUCCAGCCAGGGCGAAGGGUACGUCUGAUUUUCUUUUUAGGACUUCUGGCUUCUAAAGGUUAAAGUGUCCGUUCUUUUAAUGUUAAAUAAGCGUGUUUAUCUGAAACUACGUAGCCUUUACGCUAUCGCUCCCCCCCCCCACCCCACUUAACGCUGCUAUGGAACUUUUGUUCCCGAAGUAAAUCUGUUUUGGAAUUUGGAUCUGUUUUGUUCUGAACUCCCUUUCUGUCGUGAGUGUCCUUCCGCUUUCUGUAAACACUCGACAGGAAAGGGACAAAAAGGUGUAAAAUAUGGUAAAUAAGAAUCUCUAUUAUACAUACUUUGUAAAACAUAAAUGUAUUAAAUAUAAAAAAAAAAGCCAGCAUGGUGUACUCAUGAAUGUUGCUGUUAAUGGGUUAAUAGAGUAGAUCAUAUGUAUUCCUUUUUUUUCCCGGUACUUGAACCAACUAAUUUACGCCACGUACGUGUAUAGCGGGUACUGUGGACAAGAGAUGAAACUUUUAUAAUUAUGUAAAUAUGUGCUAAUAAUUUCAAUAAAAUGAUUUAAUGCUC